AUGACCAGGGAUAACCAGCACGACGCAUCUUCAAUGCCCCAGCCUUCAUCAGAAGCACGGAGCAAUAUCAGUACUGUAACACUCACUCCAACCACUAGAGGGCCAAGUCGCUCAGGGCUGCAGAAGAUCAUGGCUUUCUCCGGUUCUGACAUGGACGAGGCUUUUGACUACUUGUUCAAGAUCAUUCUGAUUGGAGACUCUAAUGUGGGGAAGACGUGUGUGGUCCAUCGCUUCAAGUCUGGGCAAUACCACGCAAAGCAGCAGAACACUAUUGGAGUGGACUUCACGGUACGUUCGCUGGAGAUUGACGGCAAGAAAGUAAAGAUACAGGUGUGGGACACAGCAGGUCAAGAACGCUUCCAGACUAUAACCCAGAGUUAUUAUCGCAGUGCCCAUGGGGCUAUUCUUGCCUACGAUAUGACCAGGAGGUCUACUUUUGAGUCAAUUCCUCACUGGAUUCAUGAGAUUGAAAAAUAUGGUGCUGCCAACCUGGUCCUGAUGUUGAUUGGGAACAAGUCAGAUGAAGCAGAGAAGCGCCAAGUCCUGUUUGAAGAUGCUUGCACUCUAGCGGAGAAGCACGGCAUCCUUGCUGUAUUGGAGACAUCCGCCAAAGAGGCCCAGAAUGUUGACGAAGUCUUCAUCCUCAUGGCUAAAGAGCUGAUGGCCAGGAAUACCUUGCAGCUGCAUGGCGAGGCUGCCUAUUCAGAUACCAUCCAUCUGGACAGCAGGCCAGUGGUUUCUAAUUGGGAUGAUGAGAAGUCCAACUGCUCAUGUUGAUGAGGUGAUUUCAAGGAGAAGAAGCAACCAGGGGUGGUUCCUGGGGCCUGCUUUUGUUAUGAGAAUCCCUCUGCUAGCCUCAUUUUGCCACCCUGAUAACAUUUCAGCCAGGCAACUUCGACUUCCUGUCGUUCUUCAGAAGCGGAGGCCACCCUUUGUUCUGACGGGUUGCAGUGGCUGAGACUGGCAGUGCUACCUUUCAGCUGAAGAGAAGGAAGGUCUAUUGGAAACCAUUUGCUUAAGUGGACAGUUAACUAUUUUUUGCCCAGUCAGGUGUCUGUUUGUUUCUACCAAUGGCUGUGGAAAAUAAUGGUGAGUUUACUUGCCAGUCACUACAAUCUCUUCUUGUAUAUGUUAGCUUCUAAUUGGUGGUGCCAUUGACAACCAUUGGCAGCCCGUGUAGUGAAAUGUUAAAAAGAAUGGCUUUGAAUGGUUGCAUCCCAGAAGACUCCUUUACCAAGCGGCCCAGUGCUUUUGUAGCAAUCUCAGAAACUUGAUUAAUCGAGGGCAGUUGACUGGUCUUUUUGUCAGUUUUCUUAGGAUUCUCCCCACCUCUCCUUGCCAUCAAUGGCUAGCCUUUAUGAAGAUGUUUUAAGGGGGGAUUUUUGUGUGCCUGUUUCCUUUACUCACUCCAACUGAUGGCAAACAAUUCAAAGUAAAAAGCGUUUAUAUGAUGUUCCCUUUUGGAAA